UGGAGGCGGUUGCCCAGGCAGUGACACUUGAGCAAGCAUUCUGAGGGCUGGAGUGCCAGAGUGGCUUAAGAAAAACUCAGCAGAAAAAGAGGACUUAUCUUGGCAGUGAAGGAUAGCACUGACUAUGGCCUCCAACUUUAAUGAUAUAGUGAAGCAAGGAUAUGUGAAAAUCCGCAGCAGAAAGCUGGGGAUUUUCAGACGUUGCUGGUUGGUGUUUAAGAAGGCAUCCAGUAAAGGUCCACGGCGGUUAGAGAAAUUUCCAGACGAGAAGGCAGCAUACUUCAGAAACUUUCACAAGAUAACUGAGCUGCAUACCACCAAGAACAUUACCAGGCUGCCCCGGGAGACAAAGAAACAUGCCGUGGCAAUCAUCUUCUAUGAUGAGACGUCAAAGACAUUUGCCUGUGAGUCAGAGCUGGAGGCAGAGGAAUGGUGCAAACUGCUCUGCAUGGAGUGUCUCGGCACCAGACUAAAUGAUAUCAGCCUUGGAGAGCCUGACCUACUUGCAGCUGGCGUGCAGAGAGAACAAAAGGAACGGUUCAAUGUUUACUUGAUGCCUACACCAAACCUGGACAUCUAUGGGGAAUGCACUAUGCAAAUCACACAUGAGAACAUUUACCUCUGGGACAUUCAUAACGCCAGGGUAAAGCUGGUCAUGUGGCCUCUCAGCUCCCUUCGAAGAUAUGGAAGAGACUCAACGUGGUUCACAUUCGAAUCUGGCAGAAUGUGUGACACAGGAGAGGGUCUAUUCACAUUUCAGACGAGAGAGGGAGAAAUGAUCUACCAGCGAGUCCACUCAGCAACCUUGGCAAUUGCUGAGCAGCACGAAAGGCUAAUGCUGGAGAUGGAGAAAAAGGCAGGUAUACAAUCCAAUUCAAAUGAAACUACAACAUUAUCUAGAUCAAUAUCACUUCCUCGCAGUGCAUACUGGCAUCACAUCACCCGACAAAACAGUGUAGGAGAAAUCUACAGUUUACAAGGUACCAGUUUAAGUAUGACAUUGUUUCCACGUACACAGACCUUCCCUGGUUACAUAUCAGAGCAGCGUGAUGAUGAGCAGCAGCAGCAGCAGCAGCAGCAGCAGACCCAACAUCGUGAACAGGCUCUGUCUCCUUCCAGUGGCUAUGGAUCAAGCUACAGCUCACGACCGGUCCAAUGACAUGCACUGUUUGGCUGACUGUUUGUCAGUCCAAGCUGGGACAUUCCAAAUUGUUCGUAGUGGUGGUAAAAGCCAUUUGUAUUUUUUAAAACGACUAGCUUAUAGAGGAGAGAGGCACUUACCAAUUCAGUCAGGAGCAUCUAAGUGACCACUUGGUUACUAGUGACAAAUCCAAAUGGUCAAUUAAAUGACCGAUUCAGUUGCUUUCUAUGAGGUGCAAGGUUUGAAGUCCCAGGGAAACAAGUUUGACUGGUACGAAGUUGAUCCUGUCAUGGCAUCUGUGCAUUACUAAUUGCAUACUCUCCAAAUUGAUUAACGUUCUUUUAUAUCUGAAGCCAGACAGAUAGCUCUUUACAUAAAUACUGUUACACUGUCAUCUAAAACGUCAUAAAAUAAUUGACUUGAUUAUACCAUAGUUAGAUUUAAACCAGUUUAUUUGAAUCACAUUCCCCACAAAACAAAAAAUGUGUGGGGAUGAAGUUCAAGGGAUACUUUAUACUCACUUUUAUAUUUAUUUUCCUAACUGUGUAGUUAUAAGUGUUCUCUAUCAUUCACUAUUGUUGUUUCUUCUUUGAUAAUUAUUGACCAUACUUACUAUAUCAAACACUUCUAAAACUGAAUUUCUAAAGUGAGGUUGAUUUGGAAGUGGCGACUAGUGGUAUGCAAGCGUUCUGCAUGGUAACUAAUAAUAAAGAAACACAAACAAUAGAAUAUUAAACAGGUAAGAAUAAAACCUGAUGGCUAUACAUCAUCAAUUUCAAAGUAAAUCAGUGUAUACCAUGUAUUACUAUUACCCAUUAGAUUAACAUUCCAGGAAAUAAGACAUGGUUUUACUGAAUUCUUUACAUUACUGUUACUCAAUAUAAUUAUUUAUUUUUUAAAAAGCUUUUGUUACGCUUUCAAGCCAUAUUAUAUUUUAAAAUGUACUUUUUUUUUUUUUUUUUUUUUUUACUGAAAAUAUGGGAAUAUUGUUUUUUUACUACAAGGAAUCAUUGUACUUGCCUAGUUUUUGUGAAAUUUGGGCAUGCUACAGAAUCUAAACAAUACCAGUUAUUUAGUAGCAGGCUUAAGGAAAAAAAAAACCUUAUAUUUGUAGUAAUUAAAAACAUAUAUUGUAUUCACGUAUAUUCUUUCCUAGAAAACAACCUUCUGUUUAGACGUGUUUUGUUAAUUUAAAACACAUUUUCAAGGCAGUAAUCAUGUUUUUAAUUGUCUUUUUUUUUUUUUAAUGCCUCAAUUAGACUUGUUUACCUUUUGGAAUUUUAAAGAAGAAGAUUACAAGGAGGUGUAUGGAUAGCAGAAUAGAUAUGAUUUUGAAAAUUCAAUAUGAUUUGACAGAUAGACAAAAUGCAGUUACAAUUUGGUAUCAAAAUGCAUUCUGAAAUGCAUUUAUUUUAUUAUCUAACCCUUUUGUUUUUAUCCAAAUGGUAACGGUAUUGAAAUGGUAACCAUAGCAGUCCAGAGAUGAAAGACAAACUAAACAAUCAUUAAUCACGUUCACCUGAAGAAGAGACCUUUAAGGUCUUGAAAGCUUGUGAUUAAAUAUUAUUUAGCUAGCCCAGUAAAAGGUAUAUCCAAGGAAUAUAAAAUCACAACAGAGUAGUGCAGUGUUUAGUAAAUGUAAUUUGCUCAUCGUUAAAUUGCAAUCAUUUGUAAUUAGAAAUCAAGUAAGUGAGUGAGUAAUACAGUGUUGUAUUAUCCACUUUUUUUUUCUUUACUGGUGAUGGUUAUUAAUAUCUUUCCGUGGCAGAGUUCUGUAGGGAUGUGUUAACUCCCCCAUACAUUUAUAACAUGGCUCACUUACAGUAAUUGACUGAAUCUAUCUGUGUCAGCAUCUAGGUGGGACUCAAAAGUCCAAGUGAUUUCAAACCAGACAUGAGAGGGUUGGUCGUGGAGAGUGCCAGGUAUGAAAACAAUAAGUGUGUACAUUUGAGAAUAGUCUUUAGUUUUUAUAUUCCCUUUCCACCCAGUAUAGUUAAACAGUAACAAAAAACACCCAUAAAAAUGUUUUGUAACUGAGAUUAAAGUUGAUAACGAAGAAUGAAAUUCAGAUGGGUUCAAAUAAAAUGUUAAACUAAACAGUAUGCCACAAAAUAUAAAUGAUACAGAUUUGUUAGAAGCAGGUUUAUAGAACAAAAUAUUGUUGUAUUUGUAUGUGCUUACCAGCAAAAGUAAUGGCACCAGGUGCAGGGCCUCCUGAGGUUGAAUUAUGAGCAUUAAAUUCCUUAUUAAUAAAGGCAUGUUUUAUCUGGUUCAGUAUUACAGUGAGCACUGUUGUUGGGAGAGGGCAAUGACUGGCUCAGUUGUUUUACUGCAAUCAUGCCACAGUUGGAUCUGUAGAUGUCAGAUCCAGAACAUCUGUCUAGAGUGACUACUGCAGUCAUUUGCAAGUUAUUUCUGGAUCAUGGAUAUAAGGUAAUAUGUUUAAGCUUUUGGCAAUGCAUAAUGAUGUAAUUGCAACAGGAUACUUCCUGUCCUUAUGCUGCCAUGAAAGACAGGAUUUAUUCUGCAAUGAAACAAUGGUCUGCCCUAAUUAUCCAGGAUUAGUAAAGAUGGAGACUCGUCACCAACAAACGUUUCCAAAGAUUGAUUGGUUCCAUGAAGCAAUAUUAGAUGGACAAGGUAGACAUGCCUUGCAUUUCAUAGGAAAAUAGAUCGGAUUACAUGGUAAUUUGUUGACAUAUGUCAUCAUCUAAGGUUGUAUCAGCAGUGCAUUUCUGUGGCUGCUGCAGUAAAUACAUGAAUGAUUAUAAGCCUAUUAAAGUCAGUACAGAUUCAAAAGUAGUCUUUGCGAUUGUACACAAAGUUUAUUUUGCACGUAACACAUUAAAACAUAAUAUUUGGAAAUAAUGCAGAAAGUAAAAAAGGUAUAUUAAUGUAUUAUUUUAAUUAAAAAAACAUUUCUUUAUAAAGGAGAUCAUCUAGAUCAGGGGUUCUCAACCAGGGGUCCACAAGGAGGUUUGAGGAGGUUUCAAGGAGUUCCAAAAAUAAACUAGAGAAUGUGUUAUUUUCCCUGCAUGCUUAUGACAUCCUUCAGCCAUCAGCAUCAAAACAGCAAAACCCAUAGAAUGAUGAUACAGAACUUCCUUCAACAAGUUCAACUGUAAGGGCUGAAGAACAGCGAGGAGGUGGUGUUGUGAGUGAAAAACAUAAAGCUGUUAUUAACCCUGCAAAAUUAAGGAAAUACAAAGACAGCUACUUGAAUUUUGGUUUUAUUUUUACUGGAAGUGAAGAUAUAUCUCAACCGCAGUAUGUAAUUUGUGCACAAAUACUGUCCAAUGAAUGUUUGAAACCCUCCAAAUUACAGAGACAAUUAUCAAGCAUGAAAUAUAUAAAAAACAAGCAACAUUCAUUUUUUGAGCGAAAGGCUAAGGAACUGCUUGGUACUAAAGCAGUAUAAAAAGCUUGUAGUGUCAUUGUACUGUACAUAGUGUAGAAAAUUGCUAAAGCAAAAAAAUUGCAUACGAUUGCUGAGGAGUUGAUAAUGCCGUGUGCCAUUGAAAUUGUAAAGGAAAUGUUUGGAGAGCAGCAGUCCAAGGAACUGGCAAAAAUACCAAUGUGAAAUGACGCUGUCAAACGACAGAUCGUUUUUAUGUCAGAACACAUAGUUCUCAAAAAAGGUUGAGAACCCAUGAUCUAUAUCUGUGUAAUAAAGAGAAAAACAGUAUAUUGACAAUU